GUAAUUUAUCUGGCCGCAAAACACGACAAAUAUGGAUUUUCAUACAACUUUUGCCGGCCGCUGCCCGCAUGUAUCUGGACAGUACGGCAAUUUUGAUUUAUCUCUAAGAAGAUUGUUAAAAAUAAUGCUCACAUUUCCAAGCAUGUUUGAGAAAAAUAUAUUUACAUUUCAUUUGUAAAUGGUUGUUAUUCUUUUGUGGAAAUGACAUACGUUUAGAACAAAGACUAUUGUUUGACUUUUAUGACUUUUGACUUUUGAUAUAUAUUUUAUUAAUUUAGAAAUAUUUUUUUUUAUACGAUUUAUUUUACGUACUGUUUGUAUAAAUGUCAAAAGGGAUAAUUUUUGUGAGCGUCUGUUCAGUUGCUAUUUUGGUUUUGUUCGCUGUGUUCUGUUACUUAAUCACCACAGUCAAUCCUGAUCCGAUUGCUGGAGAUGACGUCGGAAACGAGAGUCAAAGGAAGUUUGAUUUUAAAUCUAAAAAUAUUUAUUUCAACGAUGUAUUAUUUCCAACCGAAGAGGGGCAGAACAAUUUACGUUAUGGAUUGGAAAAGGUAGAUGUAAAUGAUAUUACUACAAAAGCCACUUUCGCACCUAAAAAACUAAUGGUAAAUAACAAAUAUAAUUAUACCGGUAUUAAUGAAGUAUAUCCACCAAUAUGGGUACCAAUAAAAAUACAAAAUAAUACUGAUUCCACUACAAAAGUCAUAAACGCAAACGUAUUAAAAAUAAAUACAUCAGAAGCUUUACCAGUGAAAGGUAAAAGAAGAUCAAUAAGUAACAUUAAACAAUUUCCCGAAAACGAGCAUAAAAGUGAAACUGUUGUAUUGAAAAUUGUAGAUGACACCGGGAUUCCCGGAAUCGAAAUAAAAUUAGAUCCAAAAGGAUCAUUCGAAAACAAAAGAUCAAGGAAAAAUAUAAGUGCCGUCAGUAGAUCGGUUCAAAAAACUUUGAACUAUUCUGGAGUGCCAGUCGAUAAUCACGAAUUGUUUAAUUAUAAAGAUACCUUUAUUAUAAUACUACCCAAUAACACGAUUCAAAUAGAUGAGAAUGAUCAAUCACUAAUUUCAUUUAGUAUUGCCACAGAAAAACCCAGUCAUGUUGAAACAACCAACAGUGGAGAUAAUAUUGCGGAAAUACAUCAUAAUACGAGUACUGUUUAAGUAUCUACUGUCACAGAUAAUAAAAAUGAUAUAAAUGGCUCCCCAAUGUAAAUAAUUGGCUUCAUUAGAGAACAAGGAAAUAUUUACAAUUAAAGUACUAAUGAAUUAAUGAUUCAAAUCGUAAUCGGUCUAAAUAUAGUAAAUUACAUAUUCGGCACAGAUAAUUUAGUCUAGAAUUUGAGAGCACAUAAAUAUUGUAACACUUUGCAUAAGUUGUUUACGUCUCUAAACAAACUAAGUUUUAUAUAACUGAGUAGGGGGGGGGGGAGGAUAUUAGUAAUAGGGUCUUGUAAAUUGUUGUUGUUAGCAAGGGGGGCCCCCUUUUGUUAGCAAUAUACUCAGUCAGGUCGGCUUCCUUAAAUACCAUAUUUAGAAACAUC